AUGAUCACGAACUUAACACGCCGAAACGAUUCUGAAUUUGUGCGAAAAGACGCUCUAGUUACGACCGGAGAACUGCUGUCCGCCAUCGGACGCAACGACAUCGUUUGCGGGGCCUGUACCUUUUCGCCCACCGAGACCGCCCGCCCCCUUCGACGCUCGGACGAUGGUCUAGGGGCAGCUCAUGAAGGCGCUUUCAAUACCAAAAGCAGACCAUAUAUCGACAAUCUAAGCUUUACCGCUGUUCCGUCAGAAAGAGUGGCCGACGGCUGUUGGACGAUAUCAACGAACAGGUUUUGGCUGAAGGCCCGCCAUUCCUACAAUUGGCAACCUCUGGCUUGA